GCGGCAGGAGGAGAUGCCCCGGGACGGGCCUCCCCGCUGCUCCCGCCUCCCGCGGGAGAGGAACGGAACGGGGCGGGGCGGGGCGGGGAGGGGCGGUCGGGCUCGCCAUGGUGCUGGUGGUAGUGAUGGGCGUGAGCGGCGCGGGGAAGACCACGGUUGGGUCGCGGCUGGCAGCGAAGCUGGGGUGGAAAUUCUAUGAUGCAGACGAUUAUCAUUCUACAGAGAAUAAAAAGAAGAUGGCAGAAGGGAUAGCACUAAAUGAUGAGGACAGGAUUCCCUGGCUUUGUGCAUUGCAUGAUAUACUAAGGAGAGAACAGUUAUCCAGACAAGAUGCAGUUCUGGCCUGUUCUGCACUGAAGAAGAUGUAUAGGCAUAUAUUGGUUAGUGGAGUAUCUGCAAUUGAAAGCAACCACCCAGAGCAACCAAGAGAAAACCCAGCACUGCGGAUCCUCUUUGUUCAUUUAGAUGGUCCUGUAGACACCAUUGCUGGCCGCCUGGAGAAACGGAGAGGACAUUUUAUGCCACCUGAACUUCUCAAGUCUCAGUUUGAUACUCUGGAGCCUCUUCAUCCACCAGAAAACUUCAUCACUGUCAGUCUAGAAAAAUCUCUCCCUGAAGUGGUGCUAGAGAUUGAGCGUGCCAUUUUUUCAGGAUGAAGCUUUUCUGAAGGAGUUUUCUGAAUUACAGGUGCAGAAAUUCCCCUAAAGCUAUGAAACCAUAUUUUAAUUAUUAAAUUGAUUAUUGAAUCAAAACAACAAAUCUUUCCUGAUACCUGCAUGGAUUACUGUAUCAAGAACUGGUUUAUUGCUGUUCAUCACAGCUCCAUAGAAGACAUGUAAGAUGAAAUUUUCAAAACCGCAGCUCUAAGCCCUUUGCCAUGUGAAGUUAAAACCCUCGUUUGAGGAAGAGCCUGCUUUUGAAAGUCUUGCCAAGGGUUGCACCUGAUGAUUUGUUUUCUUCAUUUUGAUUUUACUCCGUCAAACAGGGAGACGGGCACAUCUGCUAGUAAGUGAGGAAAUAAUUUACGGUUUUGUUAGAAACAAUGUGUUAAUUUUUCUGCAAGAGACAGAAACAUGCAUGAUGAAGUUCCAUGCCAGACGCUACCUUUGUCUUACUGCCAGAUUUUUGACAGGUGGUAGCUCCUCUGUGUGUGUCCUUGCUAACCUCACCAGGUCACCAGUGAUGUCAUCAGAGCUUUUGAGAACUUUUACUGUAUGCAUUUAACAUCAAGCUGAACAAACGUGUGGAACAGGCAGUGGCAGUGAGGUGAUACCCAAAAUGUAAUUAUAUGGGAAGCUUUAGAAAUAAAGAGUAAGGAGCAUCAUACUGGAUCUGAAGUUGCAUCUUUCAUGUACAAAGCAUACCCAUUGAUGAAGUGCAGUAGUCAGUCAGCCAGUGAUCUAAGAUACUGUGAUAGAUAUUUCCUUCUUUUAGAAAAGGUGAUUUGGUCUUCCAGUGUUGGACCUUCUCCUUCAUUUCCCUUUUCUGGUGUGCUUUAAUUUUCCACGUCAGCGUGUGUCCAGUCGAAUGUAUACUUACAGACAGAUGUUCAUACAACUGCUUUAAAUCUUAAGAUUAAACUAUUUCUAAUAGAC